AUGUCGUUUACUCGAGUAGCCGUUCUUAAUGAUGUGUUACUGUUAUUGCUGCUUAUUACUGUCACAAACGGGCACCCACUUCGAGAAGAUCGCUCGAGCGAGGAAGAUCAAGCAACUGAGGAGCUAUUCGAUGCCUCCGAAGUGGAAGAUGGGAAUCUGAAUCGAAAUAGAUUCGCUACACCACUAGCUGAUCCUGCUGAAAACAAGAAUGAGAUUCACGCAGAAAUGGAUUCAAAAGAAAGAGAAUCAAGAGAACUUGACGAGAUGUUGCUGCAGUUGCUGGAACGACGAAAUCAAUUGGCUGUUCGUUCGAAGGCAAAGAGAAUGAAGUUGAUCGCAAGGGAGACACGGAAUGUUGCAGAAGGUGCCAAGAAGCAUGCCUCAAGAAGGAUGAAAACACGGUGUUUCUUCAAUCCAGUUACUUGUUGA